AUGCCUUCAAUUUCAUCGACAUACCUCAUUCCCGCCAUCAUACUCAACCCCGCCUUCAUAUUACAUCUCAUCAACACUUUCGUAUCCUACUAUAUCCCCUCACCUCCGACCGCUUCUCGGUCACCGCAUCCAACAUUCGAGAAAUUAGGGCCCCUCCCUGGAUCAACUCCAUAUAUGGAUAUGCAUGCCGAUGACCAGUUAUGUUGGUCGUACACUAUACUCAUGGUUAUUGUACAAGUCCUAGCCUUUGGAAAGGUCUCCGACAACAGAACGGCGAGGAAAACGGCAAAGUUGGCUAAGAUUGAAAGGGAGAAAGUCCGAAGGGAGAACUCGGAAAGAGGUAGGGUCGAAAGACUAGAAAUAAUCUCGAAACUGGAUAAACUUUCCUCUGAACAAGAAAUCACUGGAGAUACGCCCCCAACACGCACCAACGGCAAACCAGUUUAUCUUGCAAAUGGUAAUGGCGCGGCCAAGACGACUCCUAGCCUUCCACAAGCAGGAAAUGUAACGGAGAGCGAGGAAAGUACGGCAGAAACGAGCGAAACGAGUGAGGAAGAAAUGAUUAUAUGA